AUGGACGGGGGGACGGAUCCCCCCAAUCAUAACCGGUUUAAAAUCCUCGAAUCAGAGGUAAUUUUAAACCGGAACAAAAAACACAAAAGAAAAUAUAAUGGUGAUGAUUUCCCUAAUCUACCGGUAAUUCAAAACGAUGAUAACGUGCCUCGAUACAUCGUCAUCACUGGUUUAGAAAAAGAAGGCGAUCAAUUGCGUAAAUUAUCUACCUACAAUCCUAUUAGAAUCAAUCGCGGAUUAGAGCACAUUUCCAAAGAUAUAUUGGAGGUUAAGUCAAUGAGGUCAGGUGACUUGCUACUAAAAGUACUUAAUGUUGCAACAGCUGAUAAAUUCAUUAAAUGCAAACUUAUCGACUCAAUCCCAGUCAAAGUGACAAAUCACAUUAGCCUUAAUUCUGUUCAGGGUAGAAUUUAUUCCAUGCACAUCAAAAAUAUAACUGAAGAGGAAUUACUCGAAGAACUAAAAAAAUUCAAGGUUAUCGAGGUCCGAAAAAUGAUGAAAAAAGAAAAUGAUUUAUUAGUUGCAACCGGAGCAGCUAUCCUCACUUUCGAUCAAAUUCGCCGUCCAAAUGAAGUUAAAAUAGGUUGGUUGAACUGCAAAGUCGAGGAAUAUAUACAAAAUCCAAUGCGUUGUGUCAGUUGUCAAAAGUUUGGCCACACCAAAAACCGAUGCACAAAUUCGGUGAUUUGCAAAGAUUGCUGUCUCCCUCCACCUCAUUAUAAAUGCGUUCGUAUUUACUGCAUUAAUUGCAACGACGAAAAUCACACUUCAUAUGAUCCCUCCUGCCCUGCCUUCCUCAGGUACAAGUCAGUCAACAAAAUCAAAGCGGAUCGUCGUUGCACUGUUCGCGACGCUUGGCAAAUUUAUAAUGAUAAUCCUAAUCUUCAUCAGCUACCACCACCUAAAAAAAGAAAUAGUUCGAAGCCUUCAAUGGCAGAGAUAAUAAAAAGAGAAUUGAAAAUGAGAAAAAUCUCUCAAACAUUCUCCAAUCUUCAAAUCCCGCUCCUACCUCAAUAA